AGCCCCACCUCAGCGUUGCCUUGGUGAUCCAGGGUGGACCACGCCCAUCGGGCUGAGUGAGCUGAGGGCCAGGGGUUGAGGGGCCGCCGGUGUGAGAUGUCACGUGGUUUUGGUGCGCCCGAGUUCUUGGUCCCUUGUCCUCCGCAUCGCCCCGGAGCCGCGGCGGCCCGGGCGUCCUCCCUCAGUCCGGGAGCGACGCUGCGCCGAGCGGUCGGACACCCGAGAUGUGGAAGCUGAGCCGAAAUCGGGUGCUUCUGGACGAGCCCCCCGAGGAGGAGGACGGGCUGCAAGGGGCACCGCCGGCAUCAACAGCCGCCCCGGCGCCGGUGAGGGCACGCGUGGGGGCGCAGGGAUCGAGUCUCAGAGGCUGGAAAGAAGUAACUUCUCUGUUUAACAAAGAUGAUGAACAGCAUCUGCUCGAGACAUCCAAAUCCCCCAAGUCCAAAGGAAGUAAUCUACGACUAAAAGAAGAGUUGAAGGCAGAGAAGAAGUCGGGAUUUUGGGACACUUUGGUUUUGAAGCAGAAUAUUCAGCCUAAAAAACCAGAUCAGAUCGAAGGUUGGGAGCCUCCAAAACUUACUGCUGAAGACGUGGCAGCCGAUGCUGAGGACGGCCCCAGCGGCCGCCCAGCCUGGUCCGCGUGGGAGGAUGAUACGAAGGGCUCUACCAAGUACACCAGCCUGGCGAGCUCAGGCAGCAGCUCCCGCUGGAGCCUCCGGUCAGCGGGGAAGCUGGUCAGCAUCAGGCGGCAGAGCAAGGGCCAGCUGACAGACACCUGUGAAGAGGUGGACUGAACCGAGGGAGCUUCACUGUGACGUCACAUUGCUUUUAGGGUUGGCCCGGCCUGGUGGCCGCCUUCUAGUGCACCAUUAAUUUGUUGAGCCCUUUCAUAUUUCAGGGAAGGAAUCCACUGAGUUGCUUGUGUCCUGUGCUCAGUGACCCUCACGCACCGUGGCUUCCUGGUGGCCCCUGGUUGCCUUACUGCAGAGACACCCACCCUCUGGGUACACGAGUGCUGAAAGGACACGUGCAUCCCAGACCCUGUCCUGCGAGACGGAAGAACCACUCACAGCCUCCCCUAAGUUUCAUGCCAGCCUCAGUCACCUGUGUUUCUAGAACCUCUGCAUCUUGGCCCUGCACAUGACGAGAGUGCUGCAGUUAACUGUGAAUGAAAAUGGCCUCUUGGCACCUUCUCCUUUGUCAGGAUACAAGCAGUGUCUUCCAGAGAGCGUAAUUCAGUUUAACAGCAGGUUCAUGUUUCCUUAUUAAGUUAAAAACAAAACAAAGUCUAGAUGCUGGGAGCGCCUGAGGGUGGUUUGAGGUAGAAUGUCGGCAUUCUGAGUGGCCCGUCUGCUGCUGAGGGGGCGUGACCUUCAGGGUGGGCUUGGGUGGCAACUGGUUCUUCUUACUCUGAACUUUUAAUAUAGCUCUUUAUUUUCUUCAAAAGAAUGUUGAUUUGAAACUUGGAGAUGAAAGAAAUACUAUGAAUGAAUUUUAGUCACCCAGUAAUCUUAACUUUGCUCAGAGAAGAUGAACUUGCUCACUGUAGAGUUAAAACUGUAUAUAAAAUACUGAAGUGCCUCUUUUCUAUUAGUCUCAGAUGUUUAGUUUUUCAAACCGAGAUGCUUUUAUGAGUACCGUUAAAGCUAUACGGAGUGUCUCCACUCCAGCUCUGCCUGUCUGGCCUGCUGGCUGUGCUCGGUUCUGCUCCUGUGUUGGCAGUGCUGCUGUCUCCGUAGGGGAUCCUCGGGUGGUGCGCACGCUUGUUUCUGUUUACCAGCUACAGUGUUCUGACAGGAGGUGUCUUCCCCUUGUUUGGGUUAAAUAGUGAAAGCCUCCAGUCACUGUCCUCGGGUUUCUCAGUGUGAGCAGUGUGCCGCUUCAUGUCCCUGGGUGUCCCGUUGCCUGUGCUGUGGCGCAGCCUCAGUGGCCUGCUGCAGUGUCAGAGUGUCCUCGUCUUUACUGGAACUAGUGUACUAGGUCUGUCAUCUGUAGCUACAUGUCUGUCUGUCCACCGCCCAGCCACCGUAUCCAUCCAUCUGCUCACCGUCUGUCCACCCGUCAACUAAGAUGUUAAUCUUUAAAAAUAGAACAAUAAGUUUACUUGAUAAACUAUGAGAGGACUUUACAUGGCGUUCAAAUAAAAAAUUGUUAAUACCUGGUCAUCGUGA